AUGGCCCAGCCCACCGCAUCUCCCCAAGGCACAACCAUGCCCACCUCUCCUCAGCACUGGUCCACUGUGGCAGCCGUCUUCAUCGUUCUCUUCGCCCUCGCUGUCCUUCUCCUCGGCACCUGGCUGAUUCUGCGCCACCUCCGCCUCACCACCCGCAGGAAGCAGCUCAAGACCGAGGCCGCCGCCUCACCCUUCUCUUCCUCUUCUAUGGAUAUCGAGCUCGGCCACCUCCCCGCGCCGCCUCUAUCGAGAAAUCCGCACCCCUUUGGCACUCAGGCCUGGCACGGCCACGAGGACAUGCAGGCCUCGCAGGCAGAGCAAGACGCCCUGCAGAUCGCCAGCCUCGAGAGCCAGGUCGACCUGCUCGAGCAGGCGGCCGAGAUCCUCAACAAGGCGCUCGAGCUCGAGGAGGGCAGGAACAGGCAGCUGGUGCUGGAGCUUGCCGAGGAGCGCCACAAGUACCACCCUGUCGAUCCCGAGGUCAUGCGCCGGGCCAUUGAGGAGAUGCACAAGCCUAUGGAACGGCCUGCCCAGACCGCGCCGUCUUCUGCUACUACUGCUGAUACGACGACGACAACAACAACAACAACGAGAAGAAGGCACACGCUGCAGGCUGACAGGCUGCAGGAUGUGGUCCGCAGGAACUCCAAGAAGGCGCCGGAGCGCAGGGCUCAGCUUGAGACUGCUGCGCAUCUGGUGAGACCUCAGUCUGCCUCUAUCGAGGAUGCUGCUACUGCUGCUGAUGAGGGCGUCGGUGGUGAUGAUCCUUUUGCCGAUGACGCAGUUGUUGAGGAGGACGACGAGGCUUCUGGUGUUGAUCCUUCUGUGGCGCGUGGCUGA